CGUGAGGAGUUGAGCACCCUCCCUUUCCCUCCCCACUGAUUGGAUUCCUUGUAGAUGAAGCUCACUCGUUCUCUGAGGACCAGACCUUACUGAUGACUGGGAAGCAAAGAGUACCCAGAAAAGCACUUUUACCACGGACUCCACCUCAGGAGCACCAGGAACUCAUCUUCUAAGUAAAAUCUGUGCCCCUCCUGUGCAGACCCAAUGUCUGCUGCAAUGGAUACAGAAUCAACAUAUUCGGGAUACUCCCACUACUCAGGUCACUCCAAAAAAGCCCACAGACAAGGGAGUCGGGACAGGCACAAAUCGCCACGAAGCAAAGAUGGCAGUCGGUCUGAGAAGUCCGUCACUAUCCAGACACCUCCUGCAGAGCCGCUGCUUGGGAACGAUGCCUCUCGGACAGAGGAGGGACAGGAUGACAACUGGGGUGAGACCACGACAGCAAUCACUGGCACCUCUGAGCACAGCAUUUCCCAGGAGGACAUUGCCCGGAUCAGUAAGGAUCUGGAGGACAGCGUUGGGUUGGACUGCAGACGUUACCUGGGCUUAACAGUGGCAGCUGUUCUCGGACUCCUGGUCUUCCUUACCCCCAUCGCCUUCAUUCUGUUACCCCAGAUCCUGUGGCGGGAUGAUCUGGAGCCAUGUGGUACUGUCUGUGAGGGACUGUUCAUCUCUGUGGCGUUCAAACUCCUCAUUCUAUUGAUUGGGACCUGGGCUCUGUUUUUCCGCCAGCCUAAGGCAGAUAUACCAAGGGUGUUUGUGUUUCGGGCCCUUCUGUUGGUCCUCAUAUUCCUGUUUGUGUUUUCCUACUGGCUCUUUUACGGCGUUCGCAUCUUGGACUCGAAGGACACCAACUACCAAGGAAUAGUGCAGUACGCGGUGUCUCUGGUGGACGCUCUGCUCUUCAUCCACUACCUGGCCAUUGUCCUGCUGGAGCUGCGGCAGCUGCAGCCCAUGUUCGCUGUCAAGGUUGUUCGGUCAACGGACGGAGAGUCGCGAUACUACAGCUUGGGGCACCUGAGCAUUCAGCGAGCUGCACUGGUGGUUCUGGAAAAUUACUACAAAGACUUCACGGUCUACAACCCAGCCUUGUUAACAGCCUCCAAAUCCCGUGCAGCCAAGCACAUGGCUGGCCUGAAAGUCUACAAUGUUGAUGGCCCGGGUAACAACGCCUCGGGUCAGUCCCGUGCCAUGAUUGCAGCCGCCGCCCGCCGCAGGGACUCCAGUCACAACGAGCUCUACUACGAAGAGGCUGACCACGAGCGCAGAGUGAAAAAGCGCCGUGCAAGGCUUGUGGUUGCAGUAGAGGAGGCUUUCACUCACAUCAAACGCCUCCAGGCAGAGGAACAGCAGAAAGCUCCAGGAGAGAUGAUGGACCCCCGAGAAGCAGCCCAGGCAAUCUUCCCCUCCAUGGCAAGAGCUCUGCAGAAGUACCUUCGCACCACCCGCCAGCAACAGUACCACAGCAUGGAGAGCAUCUUGCAACACUUGUCCUUCUGCAUCACCAAUAACAUGACACCAAAGGNAUUCCUGGAGCGUUACCUCAACCCAGGCCCAACCCUCCAGUACGACAGGGAUCGCUGGUUCUCCAAGCAGUGGACACUUGUCAGCGAGGAGGCGGUCACAAGCGGGUUACAAGAUGGCAUUGUUUUUGUCCUCAAGUGCUUGGACUUCAGCCUUGUUGUUAAUGUGAAGAAAAUCCCCUUCAUCAAACUCUCCGAAGAGUUCAUAGACCCUAAAUCUCAUAAAUUUGUCCUCCGCUUACAGUCUGAGACUUCAGUCUAAGGGAUUUUGAGGAGACGGCUUUGGGCCAUGAAGUCUCCUACAGGAAUAUGCAUCCUUCUGCAUUCAGGCUGCUGCCUCCGAUAGACGAUGACCAAAAGUUGCCGUUUCCGACAGCUGCUCUGCGACCGGUGCGGCUGGCUUCGGGAUGCUCCUGAGCCGGGUCCCCGCCGCACCGCUGGUGUUACCUGCCCCUCUGCUGCAUCCCUCCAAGAGACUGCGUUUUUAUAAACCCUGCAACACACUGAAGCCCCGCGGGCAGCCGGCAGCCAGCCCUGCCCCACGCGUGCUCUGCCAAGAGGGGGAAAUCCUUCCUUCCCUCCGGCUGCUUCCCAGGCACCUCUCACCAGCGCCCGACGAUGCCUGGGGGUUUCUCCUUGUGUCCACGGGGGGAUGCGGUGGCUGGCUGCCCGCACAGGUGUAACUGUGAAGGAAUCCUACACUCUUCUGUGCCUGUUUCUUUGAUUCAGCAUUACCGUGUCUUGGGGGUGGGAGCGAAUGCCCUUCCCUCACCCUCUUUUGAUCACUGUGUAAUACUCUUUUUCUACGCAAACUGUGUAUAGUAAGAUGGGUUUUGCCAAGGUUUUCUAAUUAAUAGACA